AUGCAGUCAUUGUGUGAUUGGUGCCAAUACUGCGGUAAAGGAUCAGAGCAUUCAGUGAAGACAUUGAUCGGCGAAGAAGAGUCUCACAUAGCAGAUGAAGAACUUUUGGACGCAAUUAAUGCAGUAAUAAAAGAGAAAGGCGUCGACUCGACAGCUGAGGCCAAUAUAUACGUGGGAAGAGAUACCCGGGCCAGCAGUGAACGGCUGUCCAACGCUGUAAUCGAUGGCAUAGUGGCGGGUGAGGGCAAAGUGAAUGACUUUGGGUUAACUGCAACACCACAACUCCAUUAUAUGGUUCUGUGUGUCAACACCAAUGGACAGUACGGAGAGCCCACUGAAAGCGGUUAUUAUCGCAAACUUUCAAAAGCAUUCAUCAAAUUAAAUGGAGUCCACGGCGCACAAGUGGUCGCCAAGAAUUAUGAACCAUCAGUGGUCGUCGACGGGGCCAAUGGUGUCGGCGCUCAUAAGAUUAAGCUCAUGAAAGAAUAUUUGGGAAAUUCAUUGAAUGUUGAAGUGAUUAAUGAUGGCAAUGGAGUCCUCAAUGAGUUAUGUGGCGCUGACUUCGUGAAAGUACAACAAAAAGCUCCCAAAGGCCUAGACUUGCAAAUUGGCAAAAGGUAUCUGUCCUAUGAUGGAGACGCCGACAGAAUUAUAUAUUUCUAUAAGAAUUCAACGGACGGACGCUUUCAUAUGGUAGACGGCGACAAAAUUGCGGUUUUGAUUGCAUCCCAUUUGAAGCAACUCUUAAUUUCAUCCAAAUUAUCUGACAUUGAGUUGUGUAUCAUUCAAACGGCUUAUGCGAACGGAAGUUCCACUCAAUAUAUCCAGAAUACACUUCAACUGCCAGUCCAUUGUAUGCCUACAGGUGUCAAAUAUCUGCACCAUAGGGCCCAACAGUCAGACAUUGGCGUGUAUUUCGAGGCCAAUGGUCACGGGACAGUCACCUUCUCGUCCAACACCAUCGACCGCAUCAAACAGUCCUCCAGUGAUGCGGCCCUCGAACUCAUGUCAUUCAUUGAUUUGGUUAAUCAGACGGUCGGCGACGCCAUCAGUGAUAUGUUAGUCAUUGAAACCAUUUUGAGGAGUAGAGGGCAGUCUAUACAAGAGUGGGACGACUUAUAUACAGAUUUACCGAAUCGUAACAUCAAAGUGAACGUAAAGGACAGGAAUGUCAUCACAACAGGAGAUGCGGAGCGCAAGUGUUUGACUCCAAUUGGAUUACAGGACAGAAUCGAUGAGAUCGUCCAGAAAUACGGACCCAAUUCGAGGUCUUUUGUGCGGCCGUCCGGUACUGAGGAUGCCGUCCGAGUCUACGCCGAGUCCAGUACUCAACAAAAGGCCGACUCUUUAGCCACAGAAGUGGCGGCAGUUGUCUCCCAAUUGGCAGAUGGCGUCCAAAACAAGUGAUUCACAAACAGUGACUUAAAAGUGUGACUUAUUUAUUGCAAAUGUUUGUUAAAAAGGAUUAUAUUUUCAAUUCAUAUAUUAAUAAUUUGUUAACACUUUUGACAAAUAAAUAUAUUUUACAAAACCCU